CCGGGAUUGGGAAGAGAGAGUUAAUCAAAAGACAAGCCAUGACGAGAGCUUUUCUGCUGAGAACUUUGACGAAGAAGAAGCAGUUCCAUGUCUCUACUGCUCCUCAACCCCACUCCAUAUCCAAUCUCUCUCGAUUCCUUAGCACAUUGGUUCUAGCAGAACAUGAGGGUGGUUCUGUCAAGCCUCCGACAGUGGCUGCUGUAGUGGCGGCAAAUGCCUUUGGGGAGGGCAAUUCAGUCUCUUUGCUACUGGCUGGUUCAGGUUCUUCUCUCCAAGACGCCGCUUCUCAUGCUGCCUCUUGCCAUCCUUCUGUUUCCCAGGUACUUGUAGCUGAUUCUGAUAAAUUCGCAUAUCCUUUAGCUGAACCGUGGGCUAAACUGGUCAACCUAGUUCAGCAAAGAGGAGAGUAUUCGCAUAUUGUUGCCGCCUCAAGUUCAUUCGGCAAAAACAUAUUACCCCGUGUUGCUGCUCUAUUAGACGUUUCUCCGAUUACUGAUGUCACCAGAAUUUUAGGAUCCAAUCUGUUCGUAAGGCCAAUUUAUGCUGGAAAUGCUCUGUGUACAGUUCGUUAUACUGGUGCUAGUCCUUGUUUGUUGACUAUUAGAUCGACGUCUUUUCCUGUCACACCCGCCACAACAGAUUCAGAGCCCAAGAAAGCUCCUAUCUCUCUGGUUGAUCUCUCAAACUUUGAAGAAGACUCCAUUAACAAAUCCAGAUAUGUAGGACAUUCAACUCAAGAUACAGAAAGGCCUGAUCUUGGAAGCGCACGUGUUGUGGUCACUGGAGGAAGAGCCUUGAAGAGUGCUGAGAACUUUAAAAUGAUAGAACAGCUUGCAGAAAAACUUGGUGCAGCAGUUGGUGCUACCCGCGCUGCUGUUGAUGCUGGAUUCGUUCCUAAUGACCUUCAGGUUGGGCAAACUGGAAAAAUCGUAGCCCCGGAGCUAUACAUGGCUUUCGGCGUUUCAGGAGCCAUUCAGCAUUUAGCUGGCAUGAAAGAUUCCAAGGUCAUUGUUGCGGUUAAUAAAGACGCCGAUGCACCUAUUUUCCAGGUGGCUGACUAUGGACUUGUGGGCGAUCUUUUCGAGGUGAUUCCCGAGUUGAUGGAGAAGCUUCCGCAGAAGAAAAUGAACUGAAGAACUCGGCCUUUGUUCCGACACUCUUCAUGUGGAACCGUGAGAUGGUGCUAGGAGAUUUGGUGUAUAGCAACUGAAGUAAUAAAAGCUCAAGUGAAGAAGGCACAUUCUGUAAUAAACUGUCUUCCACUGUUUUCUGAAAAUGGAAAAUUAGUGGCCGUACAAAGACGAGCUAAUUCAAUGGUGGUACUCUGAUUUAAAUUGGACAUCAUUUCUUUUCUUCACAA